AUGUAUUGAAUUACAGGUUGUUUUGAUUGACAACUCAUUCAAACAUAUCAUAUGUUUUUGUUUUCUGGUGAUAGUCGUAGUCGUCGAUGAAGAAGAUCUUUAGUUAUUAUAUGGUUGUUGUUGUUGUUGUUGUUAUCAUCUAAAGUAUGGUUGUUGUUGUUGCCGAUGAUGGUAGUAGUCGUCAACAAAAUUUUUGGUCAAAUUUUCGGUCAGUGACGGCACACACAACGGUCGAUGACAUCCGUCGAGAAUAUGAACCCCAAUUGGAGCCCAAUUUGGUCGACAAAGAGUAUGAAGACUGUGACCAUUAUCUUAGCACUCAAUUUGGUUUAUUGCGCGAAGAGUUAGUCCGUCCGCUGGUCGACGAUGUAAACAGAUUAAGACAAGUACUGAUUGACUAUCAAACGGAACAGGAUUUGGAAAAUAGUGGACAACAAGACAGUCAACAACAAGAAGAUGGACAACAACCACAACAUCGAAGAGUAUUUAAGAAGAAGAAGAAGACAUUGCGUGAAGUGAUUGACAGUCAUCCGGACAUUGUUUCAAAUGUUUACUUUUUUAUUAAACCGGUCAAAGUUGUUGUCCACAAUCGAUACGGACCUACCAUUGACUUUAGCUUUGAUUACUCGCAUCUCGAAUCAGUUAAUCUUCAGGAUUUUCAACCACUGCUUGAGGGAAAUCUAAUGUGUCUUUCGUGCGACAAAUUCAAUAAUUCACUGGUUUUCGGUGUGAUUGUUAAGAGUAGACUCAAUGAACCGGCGGAACGCAAUUCAAAUGAAAUUAUUUGGGAGUUCAGUCUUAAAGUGGAUUUGGAUGAACUACAGUGUCAACAGUUGUUUGAAUUUGCACUCAAACCAAACCUCGAGUACAUUGGCGUCGAGUCAUUGACUUAUUUCGAGGGAAUGACACAUACAUUGACUAAACUUCAAAAACUAAUAACUGUUCCCUUCGAGGAAUAUUUGGUUAAACUUAAACGAAAAAUUAUUGAACCAAAAUACUUAAAUAAUGAGUCGUUUUAUGAUAUGUCGUGUAUUGCACCGGAAAAUAAUGAUGCAGUUAAUGGUUUGAAUGGUGAAGUCGAUGAUACUAAAGACCCGUUAAAGUCAGUUAAACUUAUUGACUCAAAUCACAAAUUAUUAGCCAAAAAUGCGUCCAUUUUUGAUGGCCAACAAUUUGAAGCAUUUUACGCGGCCAUCACUAAAGAAUUUGCUAUAACUCAAGGUCCACCCGGUACUGGAAAGACAUUUGUUGGCCUCAAACUAGUCAAGUGUUUGUUGGAUAACGAAAAUGUUAGGAAUCCAACCGACAAUCGCCGUCCGAUUCUCAUAGUCUGCUAUAAGAACCAUGCGUUGGAUCAGUUUCUCGAAGGGAUUUUGAAGUUCAAUCAAAAUGUUGUCCGAAUUGGCGGCAAAUCUGAAAGUAAAGAAUUAGAAGAGUUUAAGUUGUUUAAUAUUAUGGAUAAAUUUAGGAAACAAAAGAAAAAACCUUUUAAUUUGCGACCAAAGUUUUAUCCGUUGGUUUUCAAACAAAAUAUUAAAUGUUUGAAAAGACAAAAAAGAUUAUCAAAUUUGAAAUCAGAAAUGGAAAACAUAUUUAAGAUGAUUAAGAAAAGUUUUUCCCUAAUAUUGGAUUACAAUGUCAUCGAUCCGUUUAUACGACCGAAAAAUAACAUCUUUACCGCUUAUUUUGAUCGUUUAAGCCGUGAAAUCGGCGACGAAGAAGAAAAUCCUAUAAAGCACUGGUUAUUUGGUAAGACAUCAGUCAUUGAUUGGACAAAACUCAAACAAAAGCGUUUAUCUUCAACAAAAUUAUACGAUAUUAUUGAGGAUUGGGUCAGAGAUGUCUACUCUAUGAACGACAUUAGCACGAAGUUUGAUGAUAUAAUUGGAUCAAAUGAUAACCAAUCAGACAAUCAGACAGAGGAAUCACUGAUCGAAUCACAAGUUAAUAAAAGAUGGAAACUUUAUCUCUAUUGGAGAGAAUUAUUCUUCGAUCACAUGAAGAAAAGGUGUAAUAAUAUUUGGGAAACACUUAGCGAAGAGAUUACUGAAUAUCAAUCAAAAUAUUGUAAACUUCAGCGCUUGUUGUGCUCUGAGGCACAAGUGAUUGGCUGUACGAUUACCGGUGCCGCCAAAUAUAGUCAACUGAUAGAUAUGUUUGAUCCACAAAUUAUGAUUGUCGAAGAGGCUGCAGAAGUACUUGAAGGACAUAUUGUUGCGGCCAUGCCUUCAAACAUUGAACAUAUCAUUCUAGUCGGUGACCACAAACAGUUGCGACCGAUCACCAAUGUCCGUGAAUUGACUACGGAAUACAAAAUGGAUAUCUCUCUAUUCGAGCGUAUGGUCACAAUGAAUAUGCCGUACCAGCAAUUGCAACAACAGUUCCGUAUGAGACCGUGUAUUGCAGAACUGCUCAAAGUGGCCAACUUUUACGACAUCAAGUUAACCAAUGCUCAAAAAGUUACCGUUUAUCCCAAUAUCAACUAUACAUUUGGCAAAAAUAUGUAUUUCAUUGAUCACAAACACAUUGAAGACAACACCCAUUCCAGACAAUCACAUGACAGAAGCCGAUCCAAUCUUCACGAGGCAAAAAUGAUUGUAGAAUUUGUUAAGUAUCUACUGUUACGCGGAUAUUCAGGCGACGACAUCACUGUUCUCGCAACCUAUAACUCCCAGUUAUCCGAAAUCAAACAUCUGAUGUUUGAACAGGAAGAGGUGUUUGUUGUUAAGAAAGAACUGGUAGAUGAAUGCAAUCCAUUGUUUAGUCAGACCAAUGAACCGCCCAAACUUAAAGUACGGGUCAGUUCGGUGGACGGCUUUCAAGGCGAAGAAAACAAUAUCGUUGUCAUAUCGUUUGUCAGGAGCAGCAAAAUGGGAUCAAUUGGUUUCCUGCAGAACGAAAACCGUGUGAAUGUCGCCCUUUCCCGGGCCAGACAUGCCCUCUACUGUGUCGGCAAUUUCGAGAAUAUGUCACAAGAGUCGGAUAUGUGGAGAAAAAUUGUCAAACAUCUCAACGAAAAUAACUAUUUGGGUCAAGUGUUUACUAUUGGAUGCAAAUGUACCGAUGAAGUGGAAAUUGAAAUGCCGGGACAGUUGGCUCUGUUUAAUCUACAGCUUAAAAACGGUCGGUGCAGAUGUCAUACAAUUGCUGUUUAAACAGAUGACAAUAAAAAGUACCGCAAAUUGCAAUAUUAUGACCAAUAAUUGUGAUA